CUGCUGUGACAAACAGACAUAAAUAUUUCCCCGGCUGGUUCUCGCUGAAUUUCCUGUGCUCGGUUAUGAUGAAGAUGGUGUUCCAGGUUUCCCUUACGGAAUUUGGGGCUUGAAUUUCCAACCAUGAUGUUAGCUUUUUCAUUUUGGAUUGUAUUGGUCAUCGCUGAGUCAGCUCUGACGCCUGCGCAGCAUCUCGUGACGUCAUCACUUGUGCCCUGGCCCUAGACUGCGCAUUCCCGGAAGUCCUCGCCUAUUUUUCUCUUCUGCAGGACUUGGUGAGAGAGCUCAACGCCACACACGCCGACUGCUGUGAGAGCCGAUACCACUGUGUGGGCGGGGCCGUGGAUAGGUGGGCGGGGUCUCCGUCACACAACGUGACGUCACGGGCUAAGAGGUGUGAGGCGCUUGUGGACUACGUCACCUGUCAAACUGAAGUGGACGUCUGCCCACCCAUCAACAACACGGCGCUGAAAGAUGUCCUGGACCAAAGCCUGUCUGUAGACCAGGACCCGAACUCAAGCCUCCUGUGCGUGGUGCCCCAGUUACAGCUCCAACCACUCACCACCCAGGAGUGUUACCUGGCGCACGAGCAGUGCCAGAGCCUCCAGCCAGAUCCGGCGGAAGACCAGAACGACGAGGAGUACUGUCGACAAGUCAUCAGUAGCGUCAACUGCUCGGUGGGUCUGGGCUGUCUCUCCAACAUAACUCUACGGCUCGUCGAAGUAACCACAACACACUUGUUGGAACAACUCGACGAGCCGUGUGAAGUCGCCGACUUAUUCCCAAGCGAGACAGCAGCUGAGACGGAUCAAUGCAACGCUGAGAAAACAACGUGUGAAAAUGCGUAUGUGGACGCCAUUUUGGAUCACAAUCUAGAAGUGUCCGAGUCAGAGCGAGGCGGAGAUCUAUGCGGGGACCUGAGCGAGCUGGUGUUGUGCAUGAGGCCGAUCAGACACUGUCACCGCGAGGUGGCGCUAGUGCACAGCAUUUUCGAAGAGGAGCAAGUCAGGAUAGGAAUAAAGUGCAAUAUAACGGGAGGUAACGGAACACAGAGGCGCACUGGGAGCCCUCUCCUUUUAAUUCUUUCGGUUUUUUUUGCCUCUCUUCUUUGCGGUUCUGUUAUGCUGACCAACAUUCUGAUUAUAUAAAACAUGGAAUAUUCCUGA